AUGUCGAUGAAUGGCGUUCCACAGGAAGCGGUAAAGGUGCUUUGGGCCGUUCAUUGCUCACACCUGGCGCCCUUAUCGUACGAUGAGGACGCUGUUGGUGAAAUGUGGCGUCUUUUUGCGGGGUUUCUUGCCCCGUUACAAAUACGUUCGUCCUCCGCCUCCAAAGAACACAUGCCCUGUUUGAAGCUCGCAAUCUUUACCUUCACCGUUGAUCUGCGCAUUGACAUGAUGGAGACGCCAAUGCGAAAUGCCGUUGUAGGGCAACCCCGGCUUGUCAUCCCAUUACUGGAGUUCUUUAAAGCUGUGCUUUAUUUCCAGCAACAUCAGAAGAACCGUCAAAUAGGCGAGUUGGGUUCAUGGCGGUUGCUGUGCAUUGUAAUUGGCGAUGACGGCUGCGCGACGCCUUUUGAUACUUUGGGAGCCUCGUUGCUUGGGAAGCUGGUAACUGUGCGCGGCACUGUUGUGCGAAUGAGCCCCCCACGAGUAACCUGCGUUGAGAUGACAUACAGGUGUAACUUGUGUGCAGCAGUUGUCAAGGCGCCAACGGAGGAUGGGGUCUUGGUUUAUCCUGGCCGUUGCAGUGGUCGAUGUCGCGGUUACAAUUGGGCUCCAUUGCUGGAGAGGGGUGAGUGCGAGGAGGUGCAGUUGCUAAAGGUACAGGAACAGACUGAGUCUUACGAUGGAUCCACUGUGGGUAGUGGCAUACACAAUAUGAUUGUUGUUGAUUUACGUGGUAUCUGGAUAAAUAUAGCAACAGUCGGUGAGCACGUUGUUGUUUGCGGCGUUCUGUGUGCAAGACGUGGGGAAGGACGGACGAAUGCUACGCAGCAAAUUGCUGUUCGGGCCUGCUUUGUCGAGAACAGCCGGCACAGCGCCGUUCGAGGGCCCAUGCAGACGAUAGACUCGUUGGAGGAGAGUGGGCGUUUUUACGAAAUGGUCCGCAACCCGCAAUGGUUCUCCAUGCUGUGCGGCUCACUUGCACCAUCUAUUUUUGGGCUUGAACAUGUGAAAGAGGCGAUUAUACUGGCUGUGGUGGGAGGCACUGCGAUGAAGAAGCGCACCCGCAGCAACAUACAUUUGCUAAUUGUGGGGGAUCCCGGUCUCGGCAAGUCGCAAUUGCUGCGUGCGGCCUGCACUGUCGCCCCACGCAGUUCCUUCGUCUGUGCUCAUACUUCUUCGUCGUGUGGUUUGACCUUAACGCUGUCGAGGGACCCCACAACCGGUGAAACCUCGUUUGAGGCGGGUGCUGUUGUGCACGGCGACGGCGGCAUAACAUGCAUUGACGAGAUUGACAAAGGGGUUCCUGAGCAUAAUGCCCUUCUUGAGGUCAUGGAACAGGAGUCUGUUUCGAUGGCUAAGGCUGGUAUGGUAUUUUCGGUGCCUGUGCAUACGGCGAUUCUCACCGCGGGAAACCCCAUAGGGGGGCGCUUCGAUGAUACAAAGUCCAUACCAGCAAACCUUAACCUGUCUCCUGCGCUAUUUACGCGCUUUGACAUUGUGAUUUGCAUGCGGAGCCCGUCGGCUGACGCUUCCCGCUCUCUUUCGGAUCACGUGUUGCAGUUGCACCGGUGCGUAAAAGGUGGUGGAUCCCGUACGGUGGCAAAAACUAGUGGCCCCCCGCUUCCGCUUGAGACGGUUCAGCGCUUUAUAGCUUUUUGUCGACAUAACUGCCAUCCCUCGCUUCGACAGGAGGCGUGUGAUGUUCUUAAAGCAUACUACCUACAGCGCCGUGCUGAAGCUGCAAUGGGUGAGUUGGCCGUCACUCCGCGCUUCCUUCAAGCACUCAUUCGAGUCUCGGAGGCUCGCGCAAAGGUCGAAUUGCGUCACGAAGUUACUGCUGAAGAUGCCAGAUAUGCGGUGGAACUAAUGAAGCGAUGUUUUGGUUCUCAUAAUUUUGGUCGUAGGCAGCCUACGUGCACAGGUGCUGCUGCUAAAAAAAUGACUCAGCGUGAGAAGAUACUUGAUGCCCUCAAGGGUGAGGUAUGUCGUACGGGCGUGAAUGCCCUGUCGCACCGCACAGUGCUCGCCGCAUGUGAAGAAGCGGGCUGUCGAGAUGCGAAUGCUAUGGUUUACCAGCUGAAUGAGGCUGGCGUUAUUCUGCAGAUGGGUGGCAAAUACCAACUGCGCGGUGUUUAG